AUGGAUGCAGCAGAAAUCAGAAUUCAUGGGAUGAUGAACAACAACUGGUGCAAACCCUCCCUAAAGAACAAGAGACAUUUCCAAGCAUCCGAUUCCGAUAUUAUCAUUGCCACUUUCCCAAAAUGUGGCACUACUUGGCUCAAGGCAUUGGUUUUCUCAACUCUGUACCGCAACCAGUUUGCAAGCGAUGAAAAUCCUUUACUCGCCUUUAAUCCUCACAAACUUGUUUGUCCCUUGGAGUAUGAUGUUUACAUGAACAACCCUUGCCCCGAUUUGGAAAAUAUUUGUGUUUAUAAUCCAAGGCUUUUUGCCACCCACGUUCCUUAUGCUUCUUUGCCCUCUUCCAUUAAAGAUACCGAUUGCAAGUCUUGCUUUAGUUGGACAUAUUGA